UAAAUUCAGACUUUGAUCUUCUUUGGAUACUAUGUUUAAAAAAAAAAGAAACAAAAGAAGUGGAUUUUUUUUUUCUUGGUUACAAAAACUAACAAGACAAAACUCAAAAGCCCUAUUCUUCUCUCUUUGUUUGUUCUCUUGCCUUUUAAAAUUUUGUUUAUUUUUUCUCUUUCAUUGAUCAAAUUUUGCCAAAGAAAAAUUCUUGACAAUAAACUGCCUUUUCAUCAUCGAACAUCAAAGUAAAGGGUGACCAAGAGACGCAAAGAGGGAGGGAAACUGAGCUUCAAGCAUGAACCCGUCAUCAGCAGUAGUAGCUAGCAGAGACCAAGCUCUCUCUUUUUUCAACCACCCUUUCUCACAAGCUCACUCUUUUCCACUUCCAAAUUUCAAAAAUGGCUCCUUUAUAUCUCCCAUCAAUACCCAAACAAGAAAACCAAAGCCCAACACUCUCUUCACUUUCUUCGCGGCUUCUAAGCGGAUCCAAGCUAUAUCAGCUUCUUUAGGAGAGAGGAAUUCACCUGCAAAGGCACUUAGACAGAUUCUGGAAUUGCCCGGGGUUCACCAAGGCCCUGCUUGUUUCGAUGGUCUCAGUGCUAAGCUUGUUGAAAGAGCUGGCUUUCAGUAUUGUUUCACCAGUGGAUUUUCCAUUUCUGCCGCUCGCCUGGGAUUACCAGACACGGGAUUUAUUUCGUAUGGUGAAAUGGUGGAUCAGGGGCUACAAAUCACCCAGGCUGUGUCAAUUCCUGUCAUUGGGGAUGGUGAUAAUGGAUAUGGAAAUGCAAUGAAUGUCAAGAGAACUGUGAAAGGAUAUAUAAGAGCAGGCUUUGCAGGGAUCAUUCUUGAAGAUCAGGUGUCUCCAAAAGCUUGUGGUCAUACAAAAGGCAGGAUGGUGGUGUCCAGAGAGGAAGCUGUGAUGAGAAUUAAAGCUGCAGUUGAUGCUCGCAAAGAGAGUGGUUCUGACAUUGUUAUUGUGGCACGAACAGAUUCUCGUCAAGCAAUGUCUUUAGAGGAGUCACUUUGGAGAUCAAGGGCUUUUGCUGAUGCUGGAGCAGAUGUCCUUUUUAUAGAUGCACUAGCUUCUAAAGAAGAGAUGAAAGCCUUCUGUGAAGUUUCUCCAUUAGUUCCAAAAAUGGCUAAUAUGCUUGAAGGUGGGGGGAAAACACCAAUAUUCAAUCCCCUUGAACUUGAAGAAAUUGGAUAUAAACUUGUGGCAUAUCCACUUUCCUUGAUUGGGGUAUCUAUCCGAGCAAUGCAGGAUUCACUGAUUGCCCUCAAAGGAGGUCGUAUUCCACCUCCUGGAAGCAUGCCAUCUUUUGAAGAAAUCAAGGAAAUCCUCGGUUUCAAUAAUUACUAUGAGGAAGAAAAAAGAUAUGCUACCAGACCCUAUCAGCUAUAUUCAGACAGAGGUGUGAGCAGUAAUACAUACAGUAUACAAAGGGUUCAAGAUGACUCUGAACAAAGAGGUCAAAGUCCUCAAGAUCCAGUUGUCGAGGUGAUAACUCCUGAUGUAUACAAUAACUAUGGUGCAGAUAGUUCAAGGGAUCCUUUUUCUGGGAUAUGGUCUCGGGCGUUGAGAAUCAAGAUUACUGGAAGAGAUGGAUUUGAGAAACUUGAUGUUAGAAUUCCUGCUGGGUUUUUGGAAGGAGUCACAAAUAUUGUUCCGGCUUUGGGGGGUGUAAACAUCAAGGCAUUGUUGGACGACGCUGCUGAGGAAGUAGGCGGGAAGCUGUUGUUGGAUUUUAAUGAUACAAUGGGUGACAGGAUUCAAGUAUUUCUUGAAUGAUUCCAAUGUAAUGGAGCUUUCAAGAGUCUAAAGUCGAAGCUUCUUCUUUCACAGGUAGUUUUUGGUUAUAUCAGAGAAUUGCAGAUGUGAUCAUGAAGGUUGCAGACACAAGCCCGGGUUAAGGCUUCAUUAGAGUCCUGAAGUUUGAUCGAGUUUCUUCGGACAUUCCUUUGUUAGAACCAGGCUGCAGAACUCAUUUACUGUCCAAGAACAUGUCGAACAAUACAAACUGAUCAAACCAUAUUUUACUUAUAACAUAAAAAAUAAGGCAUGGAAGUUAUGACAACAUUUGAUUCUCCUCUCAUGGAGUCUUACAAAAUCUGCUUUUGCAUUUUGGACAAUUCUGCUUCCCCUGUUCAGCCUGAUACUAGAAAAUUUGGACAAAUCUAGGUUUUGCCCUCCUAAUCAUAUUGUUCCAUUUGGCAAAAAUCUAGUGCACAUACUCCACUUCUUUUCAUGGGAAUUCCUGUCCUGCAUGGCAACGAUGGCGCAGGUGGAAUAUUUAAAAAAUGAAUUUCCAUCUAACAAAUAUGUAAUGAGAAUCAUACAUAAAUUCUCUCAAGCUGUUAUUAUUCGUAUGAUCAUGGCUGUAAUCUGGAAACGUGUAACCGUAUCAUAACAAAUAUGUAAUGAGAAUCACACGUAAUGACGCAGGUGAUUUUUGA